CAGUUCAACAUGGCUGCCGUUAAGAUUCGUUAUGGGCGUUUAUUCUGCAUUUUUCGCCUUUGUUACAAACCUGAAUGCUCUAUCCCACAAGGAAUAGCUGUACGAGGCUUAUGUAGUACCAUUAUAUCUAAGUUAUUUUACAAAACGCCUCUACUUUCAGGCAAAAACUGGAAUGGGAUAAGAACGACGCAUGAUGGUUUUUUAAAACCACGGUCGUUUGGUCAAGUCGAUCUCAGAACAAGGUCACGAUCAAAGGACGUACACUCAAGUAGAGGGGAAGAAGACUCAGAAUAUGAUUCGGAGAGUGAGGAUGAAAACAUUUUGGUCGGCAAAAAUAGCAAACGUAAACAACAGUCCGAUCAGGCCACGAAGUUCAGGGAAUCUAAGCUCAGACAAAAGUCUGCCAAAACGAUGACUUUACGUCCCUCGAAAUAUCUGUUUAGAGAUCGUAAAGAUUGGAAUGAAGAGAAGCAGUGGGAGGGAAGAGAAAUUCCUGAAGACCUCAAAAGCAAAGCAAGUUGGUAUUCCAGGCAAAUGGCCAAGCUAGCUAAUGAAGGCGAGGUGAGAAUGAGAACACCGUAUGGAGGCUUUGUGGCCAAAAUCUAUAAAAGUUAUCUCACUAAGGUCAAGUCACCUGAAAUUAUUCUCGAAGAUUGUGUCCUGUACAGCUAGGUAGUCACUGCCUUUCCUCACUUAUUCCUCUUUUGAUGUUGUAAGGAUGAUGAAUAUUCAUUAUUUUAAGUGCAUUCAAUUGUAGAAAUUCAUUAACAACUCGGUGGUUUGUGUGAGUUGUCUUCCAGGUAACUUGGCCAGUUUAAUACCCUGGCCUCCCUGGGUCAUAUAAGGUUACAUGUAAUCAAACUUCCACUUAUCUGAAUCAGAAAUCAGUGAUUUGAUUGGGUACUUGUGCCUGCAGAUAAAGUAUUCUUCAGAUUUUCAUUGAUUGGACAUUUUAAUGAUAAAAGCAUUGUUUACCAAGCGACAAAACUACAUGUAAACAAAUCUAUGGAAAAUAUGGCUGAUUACUUAGCAUUUUUGUUGCAAACAGAUUGAAAAAGUCCUGGAACUCUUUUCAUCUUUCAAAGAAGAAAAAAUUCCGUUGACAGUGGAAAUUUUUAACAUCAUCAUUUCUGCAUAUGCCAGAGGUGGAAGGAUCAGAAAAGCAUUUAAAUUCUACAAUGAUGUAAGUUUUCAUAUAUGUUGUCAUUAAUUUUUUAUUUCAGGUAAUUUUUGUUUUUCUUUUGUUUCAGCUUCAUUAGCAGACAUGCGAUUUACCAUACCCCAAAACAAAAGAAAAACAAAAAUUACCUGAGAUAAAAAUGAACUACAACAUAAUUAUACAUACUUAAAAAUGUUUGCCCUGUACCAGUGUUUACAAUAAUGUAACCAGAAUGUCCGAAUAGUCCUGAGACAACAGUUUGUAAAACCAAACAUUCAUUUAAACUGACUUUAGAGUUAUUUAAUUACUAUAAUUCUUAAAUCAUUGUUUAAUUCAGUGAACUCCCCAAGAGGACUUACUUUUUCUGGGAAGGAAUACCUAGUAGAGGAAGUCAUGACUGAAACUUAAAGAUUUUGCACUGCAUUGCUUGAAACUAUACAUUAUUUAUGAGUGCAAGGUCAUGUACAGUACAUGUAAAUCCAUUUUUGUAAUUCAGUCAUGAAUUCUUGGUUGUUAGUACUCAGUGCCAUAGAGUGAUCUAAAACUUUACAAAAGUUAACUUUUAAUUUUAAGACUGUUGUUUCAUGGCUCAGUUUGGUAAAUGGUUUAUUAAGGUGACUCGACCCAGUUUUUUGGGGGGGGUACCAUCCUACUUUGAAGCUCUCUGGUAUCCCCACCUUUACUUUUAUCGCAAGUCUAACACAUAGAAUGGAUAACAUAUAGAUCAAUCUACAAUAUAACAUAAAAUUUUUGGCGAUCAGAGUAAAUGUCACGUGGUUAUAAUGCCACGCCCCUUUGAGGUCUGAGUCGAAAAUCUGCUGUUGCCGGCAUUUUUUCGUGAAAAUCUCACGGCUACUUAUAGUGCGCAUUAGUGCCUUGCGCUGAACAGAGUUUCACCAAAAUCGCAAAGACCCAAUUCGAGAAAUGCAGUGGUUUCCAAAUUUAGGUCAUAAUUUAUGCGAAAACGAUAACCAAACUUUACACGGAUUAUAUCUAAUAACCUAUGAGAUUCAUCUCUUUAUUACGGGCAUCGGUAUAACAGAUGGGUCCUUGCAAGACAGCAAAAUGCUUUAGGGCCUUGUAAAUGCACGCGAUUUCGAGUAAAGCAAACAUAUAGAAAUUAUAGUUUUCGCUAUUUGUAGACGUUUGUCAGCGUUUAAGAGUCCUUCUCACGAAAAAAGCAUUUUCUUAAAAAUUCGUAGUUUUUUUUCCUUCAAAUUUUUUCAGGGCCACAAUUGAUUAACUAAGUACCCGGACUCUGAAUUUCAUGGUCAUUGAAAAACUGUGACAUUAUCUUCUAUAAGCCCAAACUUGAGUAAACAUUGAAGAUUUUUAGCGUUUUGGCUGAGUUUGUGCUUUGGGAGUUGUCUAUUGUUUCUAGUCUGUCAUUAUACAGCAUUCUUGUUCAGCACGCGUGCAAUGACCGUGCUUGGCUGACUUCCGAAUGCUCACCGAGAUAUGAUCAUUUUGGUACAGUGAGACAGGCCAUCGCGUGAUACAUAGAGGUUUAAUUCACAAUUUUUAAUCAAUUCUCGUGCUUCUUGUGCCUUUGCAAAAAAAUCAAGAAGUGCUACACACUAAAUCUAUUUUUUAAAAAAUAUCAUUUUUUCAUAGGUUUAAUGGAAGCCAAUAAUUAAACCAACUUGUGACGGGAAUAUCUCGGUGAGCAUUCGGACGUCAGCCAAGCGUGGUCAUUGCACGCGUGCUGAACAAGAAUGCUGUAUAAUGACAGACUAGAAACAAUAGACAACUCCCAAAGCAGAAACUCAGCCAAAAUGCUAAAAAUCUUCAAUGUUUACUCAAGUUUGGGCUUAUAGAAGAUAAUGUCACAGUUUUUCAAUGACCAUGAAAUUCAGAGUCCGGGUAGUUAGUUAAUCAAUUGUGGCCCUGAAAAAAUUUGAAGGAAAAAAAACUACGAAUUUUGAAGAAAAUGCUUUUUUCAUGAGAAGGACUCUUAAACGCUGACAAACGUCAACAAAUAGCGAAAACUAUAAUUUCUAUAUGUUUGCUUUACUCGAAAUCGCGUGCAUUUACAAGGCCCUAAAGCGUUUUGCUGACUUGCAGGGACCCAUCUGUUAUAACGAUGCCCAAAAUAAAGAGAUGAAUCUCAUUGUUUAUUAGAUAUAAUCCGUGUAAAGUUUGCUUAUCAUUCUCGCAUAAAUUAUGACCUAAAUUUGGAAACCGCUGAAUUUCUGAAUUGGGUCUUUGCGAUUUUGGUGAAACUCUGUUCAGCGCAAGGCACUAAUGCUCACUAUGUGUAGCCGUGAGAUUUUCACGAAAAAAUGCCGGCAACAGCAGAUUUUCGACUCAGACCUCAAAGGGGCGUGGCAUUAUAACCACGUGACAUUUACUCCGAUCGCCAAAAAUUUUAUGUUAUAUUGUAGAUUGAUCUAUAUGUUAUCCAUUUUAUGUGUUAGAUUUACGAUAAAAAUAAAGGUGGGGAUACCACAGAGCUUCAAACUAGGAUGGUACCCCCCCCCAAAAAAACUGGGUCGAGUCACCUUAAAUUACCCAUAUUGUGAAAGGUUUGAACCCAGGAAUCAUUUCAAAAGUGGGUUGAGUUUGAUCAUCCAGGUGAACGUAGUCCUGAAUAGGACUGUUGUUGUGGACAGUGACUGAUGUUUCGACAACCUAUGCGGUAGUCAUCUUCAGAGUCAAAGUGAGUUGUGUCACGUCAGUUGAUGGUAUUAUACUCGGGUUAUUGAUCUGAUUGGUCAAUUACGUUGCGAUAUUAUUGGUCGUCUGUCAGUUAAGCCAUGAUUACCCAUAUUGCUAGGCAUUCUCAUUGUGUAGGCUCUGUGAAAACAUUACUAUCAAAUGUAUAAUUUCUUUGACUUUCAGAUAUGCCUUUUGUCUACCUCAAAAUAGUUCUGUUUGCUGUUUUGUACAGGUUAAAAAGAGGGGACUAGAACCAACUCCGCGCACGUACACCAGCCUGUUCAAUGCUUGUUCAAAGUCUGCAGCUCCCAGUCAAAGUUGCUUAGAGCAUGUUGAAAAACUCCUGGCUGAAAUCAACACAAGAAUCAGUGACAAAGAUUUUGAAAUGAAUGUGAUCACUUACAAUGCUGCUAUCCAAGCUGUAACUGUAUGUGGGGAUCCUCUUAGAGCAUUUGAAAUCUAUGAUGAAAUGAAAUACAACAACAUUAAAGCAGAUGGACACACCUUUUCAUCCUUGCUAACAGCAUGUUCAUUUGACGAUGUCAAUGGUCCCAGUACAGCACUAAACUUGAUUGAAGAAAUGAAGGCUCUCAAAAUAAAGCCAGAUAUCUACAUUUUUAACUCUGUAUUGAAAGUAAUGAGGGAUUUCAAAGUUUUUAAUCAGGAUCAAAGUGCAGAGGCUACUCAACCUCGACAGAUUAUUGGAAAUGCAGAAAUGCCUAAAGUUCAGUGUAAAGGUGCUCAAGGAAUUUCAAAAUAUAUGAGAAAAAAAGAAGUACCAGGAGAUGAGGUUACUAACCAAGGUGCUUCUUACAAUCAACAAGGAAAUAACAUUUCUAAUGUAAAACAAGUUGUUGACAAUCUCAACUUACACAAUCACUUCCCUGGAGUGGAACAGUUCAUUCAGAUGAUGGCUGUUGAGGAUGUGUAUCCUGAUGUUCGAACUUUUCAACUCCUACUUUACUUGAUAACAUCCAAAGCAGAAGAGGAAUACUUGUUGGAACUCAUGAAGAGCUGUAAUGUUUAUCCCGAUGUUACAUUUUUUAAUACUUUGGUGAAGAGAAGCGUGUUGGAGGGCAAUUUACAGAAAGCUAAGGUACAUUAUGUGUACAUUUGAAUUGAUGGAAAAUGUUCUCUAAACUAGGAAUGAUCUUGAUUAAAGCUAGUCGCCCCUGCAGCCUAUCAUUACACAGCACUCCUUGUUCCCCACAAACAGACAUUUGUGGGGUUAAACACUGCAUAACUACACAAAAAAACACCUGUGAUCGAGGGAGACCCUAGUGACAUGAAAAAAAAGACUUAGGUACCUUGCUUGGCUUUGUAUGCUUUCCUUGCAUUUAAAUUUUGUUUGCUGUUGUGCCUUCAUCAGCCAGCCAGUUUUAAAGGAUGCCUUUUUUUGACUCAGGUGAAACUGGCCACUGUUUCUCCUCAGUCUGUGCAUGAUAUCCCAACCCAUUUUUAUACACUGAUUUUGGAAGUACAUUGUAGGUAUUAAAUUUACAUUGGAAAAAGAGAAAUCAAACACCAGAAAGCUCAGAAAAAAUUCACGAAAAUUCUCAGCUAUAUUGCACUGGAGGCUCUGUGGUGUGCAGUGCAGGGUCAAAUUUAAAUUUAAUUACACACUGGAGUGAGUGCAAAAUCUCACUUGACUUCUGGCUCACAAAGUUUGGUAAGAUGGCUCUUUCUCUACUGUUAGUAGGUUCUCUGCAGUGUUGCUUUAUCAGGCGGUUCUCUCAUUUUUGUUUUCUUUAGGAGCACAUGAAGAGACUUGAGGAAACACUAAAUGUUUCACCAUCAGAAAAAUCCUAUCAGACGCUUGCACGUGGCUGCACAAACCAAGAAGAACGAAUUGCUUUACUUGACGAAAUCCAGGUAUAAAUUCUUGAUGGUUCAUGUAUGUUCCUUCAGAAUUUCAUGGCAUUUAUUUAAAAAUUCAGACACACAAGGACUGGCCAGUGUCUGGUUAUUUAGUCAUUACCAACAAAAAAAAAGAAGUACAGAACUUUGCUUUGUCUAACCACCAAACAACAGCUUUCGAGUGCACAAUUCCCAACGUCCAAAGCAACCGUUUUUGUGUUUGUGGAUAGAUGUCAUGUACACACUGCAUACAUGUGUGUGAAAAUGGCGUACAUGUACUAACUGAGCAAAACUGUCUAAGAUUGGGAUUCACACUGGCCAUGAAGGGAUUUUGAUGUGUUAUGACUGCAGAUUAAAUCAAAUAAUUAUGGACAUAUAGUUUAAUUUUCUUCCCGCCUGCCACGCAGGCUAUCCACCUACCAGCAUUAUGUUCUCAAUGUUUCAAACUCAAUAGCAACUAGGGCAUGCAUGCUACAGUCUGUGUCCACAAUGUAAAGUUGACCUUUGUGCUGUAUGUAUUAAGUAUAUGAAUUGGAAGCGAACUUAGUGGUCCGUUUAUUGCUUGUGUGUACAUGUACUUUUGCAGUCUGAAGGAAUCACCCCAGCCCAGUCAGUGUAUGGGACGUUGAUUGCAGGAGCAGUUAAACAGAGACAAUUUAGUUCCCUUAUUCAACUUGUUAAGGUUUGAUUUAGUGUAAUAUAUUGUAAACCGAAGUCUCUGUUCAAACACAUAUGUGGUGACAAUUUCAGUCAAGUGGAAUCUGCCUUGAAAGUGAUGGCCUUAGCUUUGAGGUCGUUUGCUUAGCUUUUUGUAAAUUUUCUCAUUAUUUUGACCAUGCGCAAAGCACAAUGAAAUACAUGUGCCAAAAAAACAUAAUUUUUAUGUAACAAAAUACAUUUGGAAAAAAAAAACACUCUACUACUGGCCUUGCUGGCGGUUUGUUUGACCUGAGGGGGGAAAGGCUGCUAAAACGCGCGCGAAGCUACGACGGGAAUACGUCGGCUUCGCCGCUCGUCCGAGCGCUCAAAUUGGCAGCUUUUUCCUCUCUUUUUUUCUCUUUCACCAAACAAACCGCCAGUUACGCUUUAACAGCUACGCAGACUAGGCUUCCCUGUGCAUGCGCACAAAUGGCCCUCGCUUGCACUGCGCUGUCUUGUUAUUUUUGUCGGAUUACCGUGAUUUCUUUGUAACUAUAGGGAUCUAUACUGUCCUUCCAUGAGCUGACGUUUUGUGUGGGCAUUGUAAUGGUAACGUUAAUUUGCUCUAUUUCUCAGAGAAUGACACGCGAUGGAGUGAAGCCAAAUGAACGAAUGAUGGAAACUCUUGAACGAGCUUACAUGCUGCCCUGUAGGAGACCUAUCCUAAAGGUACGUAAGCGUACUCAGUUGUUGUUGUUGGUUUUUUUUCUUUUUUCACUUAAUUCGUUCUUCUUUUCUUUAACGGGGUUUUACAGUGCAAGUAAAACUUCCUUGGCGACCACCCAAGUCCCUUCCCAGUAAGCUGCCCAGGAGCACCGAGGAUGAUCGAAUCUACCCUGCCGCUACUUAACUUGCCAUUUCUUCCGUUGUAUUCCAGGGAGAUACAAAUCGCCGUCUUGCGAAGGAGAAAAGAUUUCGUCAUAUUGAACAAAAAGGUUUCCAAACAUUCUUUGAAAACUGGAAGGAGAAAAUCAUGAAAACAGAAGCCACAUCGAAAGAAAAGCAACAUCUUUUCGACUGUGAAAAACAUGCUGAACUUGACAAUGACGCCAGUCAUGACGAAGACUCCAAAUUUAGUCACCUUUAACUAAGGAAGAUGAUUCGAAGUCUGAAACAUUAAAUUUUAACAUCAUGGUUGUCUCUUUGGCUGGUAAUAAA